AAAGCGAAAUUUUGUGUCGAAAAAGUCACAGUCGAAUGGAUCCUCGAAAAUAAUAAAUGUCGAAAUCAGUCGAGAUGCAAGAAUCGGGUUUGUUUUUGAAAAAUGAUUCAAAUGCCAGAUGCAAAUCUACUUGCUUCCGUAAAUGUUUACUCCCACCCUAGUAAAAAUAAUGUAUAAUCUUUCAACAUCUCGUUCCCCUGAACUAAAUUUAAACGUAAACCUCUGAAGAUUGAUACAGCACUACUAUGACACCAAUCGGGUAACCGUACUUCUCUUCACUAGCAAAGCGAAUUCAUUGUAUUUGAGGCACACGACUCCUGUCCCUGUGAUUGACGGUUUACCGUGCGCGCGUAUCCGUAGCCUGAACUAAGUUCGCAAAAUCAGUGGUUCUCGCAAAAUGGAGAUCUUGGCAGGAACACGCUUAUAUAGGUGGUAGCUCCUUCCUCAUAGCUGCUCAUCAAUCAAAGCGUGUUUCCACCUAGCUGCCCCGCGCCGAAAUUGGAAGUGUACUAGCAAUGAAAUUGUACUAGCGCGCCGCCCAACUGUCUUUUUGCUGACCACAACUCUCGUGAAGGGCAGGCAUCUUUCAUUGUCUCUUUGCUCCAGUUGCAAUCGCAACUUCGGUACGAGGACUGAUCGGAAAAAAAAUCUGUAGUGUAUGAAAAUAUCGGCGCAUUUUUACUUCAUCGUACCACACCCGCGCGGUCCAGGACUUGCUCAGGGCAUCACGUAAAAACAAUCAAAAUCUUUGCUGCGCCUUCGCCCAAUUGCAGCUGGUGUACGUGUCAUCAUGUGUUAGCUUCCCUCUGUAAAACUACCACAAAUGUCGCGGCUCCCUCUGUAAACCGAAAAUGUCAAACGUAAAAAAAUUCUACGGCGCUCGUGAUAAAAUCUGUGGUUCAAAUGCCCUGGUGAUGCAAAAAUCUGCGCUUUUGUCCAAGUCCUGAUGUCACAACAAAUCUGAAAAUCUGUAAAAUUGAGGUUCCUCUGAGUCGAGUUUAUUUUGAUGACACUUUAGAUUCUUGAAAAAGAAAAUCUUCUUCACACGCCUUUCUUAAAACCUUCUUCAGGGAAAUGACAGAUUUGUGUAAGGAUUCAGAACUAAGAAGGCCAGACGCUUUAUGCUGACCGGCUUUCUCAUUUUGUAUUCGCUUUCAUGAUUUAUUCAGUUUCUACUAGUAAAUGUAAACAAGCGUCUAACUCAGACAGUCGGACUAUCUGCUAAGAUUUUCGUCUCUAUUGCACUAGUUCGUUAUUUGUCGAUAUUACCAAAGGAACCAAAAUAAAUAGCUCUUUGUCUUUUGUUCCCGCCUCUUCAUCUGUUUUAAACUCAUUUGCCCUGGCUUCGUAAAUCUAUUUAUUGAGAGGCUAAAGCAAUCACUGCUUUACCUUCGCUCUAACUCGGCACGAAGAAAAAAGUUUUUCGUUUGUAGACAUCUCGUACUAAGUAUUUGAACAAGUACGACUACCUUAAUCUUUUGAAUCACAUAAUUGGAUUCUAGCGACCCAUACACGACGACCGAUAAUUCCUUCAGAGAUAAAGAUCCUUCUUUUUUCUUUUAGCUGUUUGGAACAAGCUAAGAUCUCGACAGUAUAUGAAACAAAUCACCUAUCGGUUCGUGGAAGAAACAUCGAUUGAAAAGUCUAUGUCAAAGAACCACCUCCGACAAGAAAAACUCGUGGCGCAGAAGAAGUCUCAAUCUCGAUUCUGUGAAAAUAGAAUUCGCCCACCAGCAAGACAUCGACCGUCGUGUUGCUGUCUUCCGGUCAAGGUGGUUAUCUACUCCUCGGUAGAAGUAGCAAGAAGUCUGAUUGCGGUUCAGUUGUGAAAUCGAAUCGCAAGAAGUCUACUGUAGGUCGGUGACUACUGCAGCAUCAGUACGGUGCUGAACGAAGAGGAGGUCCAUCUCGGGGAAGACCAAGCUCUGUUGAAUCUUCGACAAAAAUCUUUCGAGAAAGGAAAGUGGGGUGAGGAGAACCAGAAAACAAUUUCCAGAACCACCGAUCGGCGGUAGGAGCUGUACAAGUACUCCGACCUUCACGCGACGUCACAAAAAUGGCGACCACCAUGCUGAUCGGCGACGUCCUUCCGGACGGCUCGGUGCAGCUGCGCCAGACGAGCGAAGUGCUCCAGAACUUGCCGGGCCAGGAAAAAUUCUCCCCAGCGGACAUCGUCGCAGUGUCCCGCGAGUUAAAAACAAGAGCGGUGUCCGCGGUCUACAAGUGCUUCCUCCCGAGUGAAGAAAUCAUGACCCAGAUGAACGUCGAUCAACCCCUACGAUUUCCGGAACGGAUCGGCGAGAUUUUAACCGACGAAAACGACGCGGAGGACGUGAAAAUCAAGGCGUUCGCCCUGGACGGUUCGGGACAGGAGGAAUUAGUCGAUUUUUCGCAGCAAGCGGCCACGUUCAACUUCUACAACUGUCCGGAGGCGGAACAGAGCACGCCAAAAUGCAGCGCGUCUUCAGCAGAUGGUGAAGUACUAGCUUCUAGCCAGCAACAGCAGCAGUUUUUCAAGACCGGCAGCGAGAUCGCGUUCGACGUCUGCCCAAUAACGAAGACCACGGUGACCGGCCCAGUCUGGGUGCGGAUCGACGUCGUUCCAGAAGCUGCACCAGUACAACAAGUUGGAGCUGAAACCGGGAGUAGUAGAACAGCUAAUGCGACUUCUAGCAGUAAACCAUCCCCAAGCAAUGACUCGAAUCAGCAGCUGUCCUGCCGCAGCACGGUUGCUUCGGAUCAAUCGCCCUCCAUUGACGGAGACCACCACGGGUCAUUACAAACGGAAAAUCUAGCGGAUGUCACCAUGGAACCGGUGCAUCCAGAUUUUUCUUGCGGUAACAGCACCAGCAGCAACACCGACGAUCCCAGGAGAAAUACAAAUAACAACCAAGGAAGUGGAGCUUUUGACAAUAAUCUGGGUCCCAAUACACCACAACACCAGCAGAACAACAAUUUUCAAAGAACAGCAGCCGAGAUGAACAAUACUAGUCCUAGUCCGCGAGCUCCUGUCACAGAAGUGAUCAGCCUGCUUUCGCCAAAACAGCAGGCCUCCGUGCAGCAGAAACAGUUGCAGAGGACUGCGUCAAAGCCGAAGAAUGAGAUGAUCCUGGAUCCGCGAAUCCCGUGCGACGCACACGAAAGACUGCAAGAGCAAAAAAGGAAGCAAGAGUUGCUGGCGGCGAAAAACAAAGCCGCGCAAGAACGAUUGCAGAAGAUGCAGCAAAUAAAUCAAAAUCAAGCAAAUAACGACCAACAUCAAGCUGAAGAUCAAGCGCAAAUGAUGCAAAGAACACUAUCUCACCACCUGAAGCCGCCACCAUCCCCCCCGAAACCCGCCCCGGAGAACGACCCGCGGAUCCCCGCGGACGCAAAACCGGGGUACGAGCCGCCGGCGUUUCUAGAGGACGACCGGAUCCCGGAAGACGCAAAAAAGCAGUUCCCCAGAACGAAUUCGAACAGCACCAUGAGCACGACAACCAACACUGGUGGUCCUCUGAAUAAUUCAACAGCCAACAAGUUCGAAGCCACGACUUCUUCUACUACGCCAUUUGUAAUGCAGCGCACCGUGUCCGCGACGUCCGCUGCCAGCUCGUUCUCCGCAGUAUCCACUUCCCAGAACAAGCCGCCAAUCACGCGGUGCAUGACCUCGGCGUCCGGAGGGGACAACGGGGGGGAACCCAUCCUCCCGUCCUCCAUCGGCAACGGCGGCACCGGCAAUGGCGAUAUCUGGGGCGGGGGCGCACCGGGCGGCGGGGGCGAGGACCCGGAACACAGCGGGAACAAGGAGGGCAGUAAGGAAGACAGCUUCAGCGGGAAUCCGCUGGCAAAAGGCGCGGCACUGGAUCCAUUGUGGCACCCGGAAAUGCACGUUGGGAAGGUAGAGAUUCAUAUUUAGUUUUUUGUUCCUUCUUGCAGUUAAAAUUUUUAAAAGUACACACUCUUCAUCAUGGCUAUAGUUUUGGGGACCACAAGCACAAGUAGCUGCAUGCGGUUCGUGGUUCCUCUAAGUAUUGACGCAACCUCUAGCUCUGCUGCCAAUACUCGAUUUUCCUCUAGUACUGAUGCGGUGCAGCAUCGAUCAUACAUAUUUAUACUACUUACUACAUGUUCUCAUGCACUUCUUGUUAAACAAAAACAAUCAGGUUACGAACGUUGGCGAAAACGACAUGACAAUAGUCACCGUGGACGAAAGGACUUGCACUUUGGACGACCCAGUGCUGUGCAGGUCUGGGCUGUUGCCCGGAAUGUGGGUGGGCUUCGCCAUUCGGGACGAAAUGUACAUAUAUUAUUGGUUUGUUAUACAUGCUGGGGAUUAUACAUGCUUGCUUUCAUUCUUCUCACAUCACCGAUUCUGUACUACGUGCCUUGCUGUUUCGAGGAGCACAUUUUUAGCAGAAGCAUCAGUAUGUUGUUUCGAAGGCCUACCAACGCAUGACAUGAUGCUAAGUGCCAAACUGACAACUCUUUUUUAUCUUUAUCACCCCCCAGGUUUGUCGAGACGGAGCAGGAGCGGGUUUACAUUAUGUGCCAAACUUAUCAAAAGAAAAAAGUUCGUCACGAUCACUCAUGGCCAUUUUUGCAAUACAAAAAUUGCCUGUCAUGCGUAAAGAUGCAUCACAGCCGAACUUCGUACGGGAUUUCCGUCAGUGUUUCUGCAAUACAAGGAAAAGUUGUAGUGAUGCUGUAAAAAUUUGUAAUGCAAAGCCUCCAAGCCAGUGACUGUGAUGAACUUUUUUUUCUCCAUAAAACGAUGGACGAUGAGCCAGCGCCGACGCACUUUCCCCGCGUCUGGGGCAAGAUAAAAACCGUCACGCCGACCGGGCACAGCUUCGUCGACCCGGAUGACCGGGAAGCGCUUGCGGGCACGGGAAAAACCGAAAUUUUCGUGCACAAUGACAAGGUACUUAUGACGCAUUCACGCAUUACAAAUUCCCUGCUUAAGUUAAAUCCGGAUCCGCAUUUGGGAAUUUCAUUUCUCAUGCUGAGGAACAUAUAAAUUUUUCAUGCGACACACAAAUCAUGCAAAUCCAAAUAAAAUCAACACAGGGUAAGAAGACCAACGACCGUGGCGGACUGGUGACCGCGGACAUUGUUGUGGUUGACGUGGACCGCUCGAACCCGCACGACCCGUCCGUCAAAGGCCCCAUCUUCAAGGCCAUCAUCGAGGACUCGCUCUCCCGGAAGGACGGCGGCACGUUGGCGGCGGCGUUGGGCAUGAAGGGCGGCAAGGGCUUCAUGACGAAGGACGGCAAAAUGGGGAAGGGCGGCUUGGUGGUCGGGAAGGACAAAGACGGAAAUCCGUUGUUCAAAGGAAAGGACGCGAAGGGCAAGGGCAAGUGGAACAACGGAAUCGACUACCAGAUUUACAUCGGGUAUUGGUCUAACUACAUAGGCAUUGUCGUGUUUGUGGUCGUUGGAUGACUUUUCUUAUUUCCGGCACAGAAAUUACAAAUUGCAAUAUGAGUCAGAGUCUGAACUUGAAUAAGUGAAGAUAUGCAGGCAUCCUAGUAGAUGUAGAAUUAUCGCACCUUAGCCUUACACGAACGCGUACACGCCGCACGGGUGUAAUGCAUGAAAAAUCCUCAUAUAAUAAAACAGGUACAUCCACGAAAUGGACGAAGGCAAGCACCACGGGUUCGUUCGGUCAAAGCCGAUUUCUUCCCAGUACCCCGGUAAAGACGCCUAUCUGUACGCCGCGGAGAUCAAAAAGGCAAACUUGGACAAGGGUGACGUCAUCGCGUUUCACGUGCUGGAAAGCAGAGACGGGAAGCCAACGGUAAUAUUGUAGAAGACAUGUUUUUUCAAAUCGGAUUAUUUUAGCAUGCGAAAUUGUUCUACUUGUUUUGGUGUCUCUGCGCCAUAAAUAUUUUGCGAAGCCCACGACCGGUCACCAUGGCUAAGCGUAGUCCGUCGUGGCAAACAGAGAUUUAUUUUAAGCGUAAAGAAAAGCAAAGAACAUACUGAACACUGGAAAUAAACAAACGAUUUUUCAUAUGAACUGCAAAAGUUAAAGUAUCGCACUCGUGUAAAUGCAUUACAAAUUUCCUCAGCAUGAGAGAGAAAAUUUGUAAUGCGGAUCUACCUGAAGAUAGAUAAAGAUUUGUAAUGCAUGAUUGCAAUACUUCAAUUCUACAGGUUUCCGGCCGCGACCCGAUAUACGUGCUAGCGGCCCACAAGGACGACAGUCAAUAUCAAAAUGAAAAAUCCCCCCUACCCAUAUCAAAACGGAAAUUUGUGAUGCUGAUUUGUGGCCACAAAUCAUCUUUGUCUUGCAUAUAGGAUCAUAGGAACCAUUUGACGCAUUCCAGAGCAAGUCUGUCAUGCGCUUUCGACAACUGCAAACCUGUCUGCCAUGCGCAAUUGCUACCCUUCUGCAUACCCAAGCAGGCUCAGAAAAUGCCGCCAAGCACUUUCUGCAAGACAGAUCUGAUUUGUGUACGCAAAUCCAGCAUUAGAAACUUCGUUUCGAUAUGGGGAGGGGGGAUUUUUCCUUACGACAGUCAACAGCUGAGAUUUGGCGACAACGAGGGCUUCGUGUCGAAUAUCAAAUGGAAAGAUGUCUGGGUCUGGAAGAAUGCAAGUUUGUCAUGCUUGUCUGGCAUGACUCGAGAAUCUGUGUUGCAUAGGCGCGAAAAGGCCCUCUUACCUGUCAUGCAAAAACGCAGUUUGCCAUGCGGAAUAAGUACGUAAGACAUGGCAGCCACAAGAUUUGUCAUGCGUGACUGCGUAUUGCAGUGCGUCUACCAUUCAUUUUUAGCAUUACAAGUUUCCAGACCCAGACAUAUUUGCAUUUCAUAUCGAACCAUUCCAAGCAAAACGACCUCUUCGUCCACAACGAAGACUUAAGGACACAAUUUGGUACUUGAUGUUUUUGUGUCAUGCUUUAUUACGGUCAACAGCAUGAUCAUCUGAAGAACACAGUAUUUUCGACCGUUGUUCUCAGCACGUGCUUGAUAUUGAUUUAAAUCUGUGAAGUAAGAAUCUCAAUCUGGAAAAUAAUGACGGGCCAGAUGAGAAAGCUUUUGUAAAAAUGGUAAAAACAAAAAAAAUCAGGGAAAGACGUGUUUAUGCACAGCAAGAUGGCACAGGAGGCCAUGUUGCAGAAGGGCGACACCAUCGUAUUCAAGCUGUUCCAAACCGAAGAUGGCAGGCCACAAGUGUCAACACCAAUCUGGGUCAAGGUACAAGAAUAUUGAUUGUGUGAAGAUCAUGGUCAGCACAUCAUGCACCAGCAGCAGCACAUGCACUAUAACCGCUGUCUAGAUAAUUCUUGUAAAAUAAGGGCAUGCAGCACUAGAGGUAAAAAAUCUUGCGCAACUACUACCCAGCAACAAAACUAAACUUGCAGACAGAAGAAAAGAAAAAUACAUCAUUCCGUCCAUCACAAAAAUCCUCUCAGAUCGGCCCAGACGACGAGCUCGGGGAGCGUAAGUUCAAGCAACCGCCCGAACAGCCCUUCCUUCCCGAGCGCGCGGAGCGGCUGGCGAAUCCGAAGGGCGGCAAGGCAAACACCAAGGGGUGGGAGCAGUGGGCGCCCCAGAACAAGGGGUCGUCCUUCAAGGGGGGCAAGAAGAGCGGAAUGCACCACAAGGGCGGCGGCUCGAAGCACCACGACCGCGACGACCACCACUUUGGGGGCGGGAUGAGCAAGGGCUCCUACCACGAGCGGCACUUCGGCGGCGACGGGGCCUUCGGGGCCUUUGGCGGCAGCCGGGGCGGCAGCGACCACUUUGCCGGCGGGGGUGGUCAUCACCGGGGGGAUCACGACAGCCACUACGGGGGCGGAUCCAGCUACAAGGGCGGAAGUAGCGGCAACAACCGGUAUCCUGUGCAAAAACAUCCCCACCCCAGAGUUGUCAUGCAGAUCUGUAAGCACAAGAGCAGUUGUAAUGCGCAUCCCCAUGUUGAGAGGCAAAUGCCAUCGUGUUUUGGAACUUGUAAUGCUGUGAACAGGAUAAGGAGAUGGAUUUGUUAUGCGGCUUCCCUUGCUAAACUGUAUUAUACUACAGCCUCCAACUUGUCAUGCGUGGCUCCCAAAACUUUAAGGUUUGUGUUGCAGAAUCCCCGUCUUGACUCUGGGGUGAAGACGUUUUUACAAAUGAUAACCGGUCCUCCGACUUCUUCUUCCAAGACCUCGACGGCCCGGACCUAAAGCGACAGAGGUCCGACCGGUACGGUGGGGGCAGUUCGUCUGGCGACAGUUUCUGGGGCGGCAGCGGAACCAGCGGCAACGGAACCAACGGGGGCGGGGGGGCCUCCUUUUUGGACUCCUUCGGCGGCGGGAGUAGUCAUGGUCACCAACAGAGCUCCUACCACCACUCGUCCCCACCGCAGCGCCAGGCGGCGUCCAGUCCCAUGUCGGCGCCCAGCGCCGACGGCAGCGUGGAGCAAAAGUAUUACAGUGAAAAGUGCCCCCCACCCCUCAAAUUGCAAAAAUUUGUGAUGCGAAGUUUCCAAAUGAAAACUUUUUGUCAUGCAUGAAAGGAGUACGAAUCUUUCUGAUGCAGAGACAGAGUCUAGGCGUGUAUCGCAUCGCUUGCAUGACAAGCGCCGCUCUUGCUGGGGUCUUUUGCAAUACAAAUUUUCGCCAUUCACGAUUGGAAACCUGUGAUGCUGAUUGGUGCAAGAGGGCGAAUGUUUCAUUUGGAAAGGUUUGCAAUACAAAUGCUUUCAAGUUCGGGGGUGGGGGCAUUUUUCAUUCUGAUAAAAAGCGGCAGUGGUUCGCGCACGUCUACCAGCAGUACGUCGAGAGCUAUCGGUAUCCUAUGUAAAAACGUCCCCACCCCAGAGACAAGAUGGGAAAUCGGCUAGACAAAUCCACAAGUUUUGGCUGUUUUGCACGACAAAUUUAGACUCGUAGUGUAAUGCUGUUUGAGGAGCUAGCUCAGCAGCAUCACAGAUCUAGUAUAUCCUGCUGAUUGGAGCAUGACAAAUUCCAAAACACGACUAGGCCAUCCUUCUCAUGGGGCUCGGCAUGAGAAACAUUCUGAGCAUGCAGAUUUGCAUUACAGCUCUGCGGUGGGGACGUUUUUAAAUACGAUAAUCGGCAGCAGGGCCACGACGAAGGUUCGGCGAGAAACAUGGCGCAAAAGUCGCUGGAGCAGUACAAACAACAAUGCAAGCAGCAAGGAAUUUCGGUCGAUUAA